AUGGCAUAUGUAUAUGUUCAACUUUUGGUUUGGUAUCUGAUGUUCACCUGUUCCAAGACCAUUGGGCAUGGGUCUGGUGUAGCGCAGAGAAAACAAGAAGAAGCAAACGUCACUCUUUUUCUCCAUAACCAUAACCUCUCUUUCCUCUUUUCUCUCCUUUGGCUUUCCAAUUCAUCCUUGCUAGCAACAUUAAUGGAGGUCAAGUAUCAAGAGGAGUACAUAAGGAAUUCAAGAGGAGUGAACCUUUUCACUUGCAGAUGGCUGCCUGUUUCUUCUCCAAAAGCUCUCGUCUUCCUCUGCCAUGGUUAUGGCAUGGAAUGUGGUGACUUCAUGAAAGGAUGUGGGACGAAGCUAGCAAGUCAUGGAUAUGCGGUGUUCGGGAUAGAUUAUGAAGGUCAUGGGCGAUCCAUGGGUGCACGUUGUUACAUCAACAAGUUUGAUGACCUUGUCGCCGACUGUUGCACCUACUUCAACUCCAUAUCAGAAAAGGAAGAAUACAGGAAGAAGAAAAGAUUCUUAUAUGGAGAAUCAAUGGGUGGUGCAGUUGCCCUUGUUGCACACAGAAAAGAAGCCCAUUUCUGGGAUGGUGCUGUUCUAGUGGCUCCCAUGUGUAAGAUAUCUGAGAAGGUGAAGCCCCACCGGGUGGUGAUAAGCAUACUAACAAAAGUAGAAGAUGUGAUCCCCAGAUGGAAGAUUGUUCCUACAACGGAUGUCAUCGAUUCUGCUUUCAAGGACCCUGUUAAGAGAGAGAAGAUACGCGGGAACAAGCUGAUAUAUCAACAGAAGCCGAGGCUUAAAACAGCUCUUGAAUUGCUUAGAACAAGCAUGGCGCUUGAACAGAGCUUGAACCAGGUGAGGCUCCCAUUCCUUGUGUUGCAUGGAGAAGCAGACAGUGUGACGGAUCCAGAAGUAAGCAAGGCUUUGUACAAUGAAGCAAGCAGUAAAGACAAGAGCAUAAAGAUAUACCCUGGUAUGUGUCAUGCCUUGACCGCUGGUGAGACCGACCAAAAUAUCAAUAUUGUCUUUGCUGACAUCAUCUCUUGGCUCGAUGCUCGAUCAUCAUCAUCCCAUGCUAGACACCUGCUGCACCAUCACUCCGCCAUGUAAAACAAAAUUCAGACUUACUUGCAUAUCAUAUCAUGAUAUCAAUUAUAAAAAUAUUAUUUACAUCAUACAACCAUCCAUAUAUAGGAAAGUACUCAUCAGAACUGAAGCUACUAAAUUAAAAAGCAAUAACCAUCACCAUCCCUUUAAUUCCCUCUAUCUUUAAAAUAAAUGGAUCUCCAAACCAUAUCGGUAUUUGUAUUCAUGUGCAUGCCUAAAUAAUAAGUAAGAUCAGGAAAAAAAAAAACAUCUUAAGUUAUUCUAUACCAUUGUUCAAAAUUCUAUCCUUGUAUGCCCAAUUGCCCAUUACCAUUAGUAUUACUUAGCACCAUCCAACUGCUUGUCAUUAAUAACUAACUCUUCAUUACAACUUUCAAUUUUGUUCCAAAUAAGGUUGUAAAAACUUUACAGCAAUUGUUCUUGUAAACUAUAUAGUCAUUCUUAGUUUUUGUUUCGUAUGAAAUAACUUCAGCUGCUUGAUUGGUUAAACACUUAACUUCACAACAUUGGAAAUUGAAAGUUGAGCGAAAAUAUUUGGGGUUAACUCAGAUCCUUUGUAGUCACUAGAUGCAUGAAACAAUUGCCAUGAUGAUUAUUAUUCCAUCUAUCCCAAAAUUAUUGUUCACAAAUAAAAAAAC